UAGUAUCUCAGCUUAUUCUAAAUAUCUAUCUUUUUUUAAAACAAAAAAUUGACCAACCAGAUAUAAAAAUGAAUUCAUCAUAAGAAAGUUCUUAUUCCUGGAAGAUAAUUGUUAUAUUGUUGUCUUAUGGAUAUAUUCUAUUCAAUGACAAAAUGCUUUUCUCUUUACUCUCCUUAUAUAGGACUAGAAAACUGAUUAUUGAUGUAAUUCAAAUGUUUAAUCUUUGAAGAAAAUAUUCAACUGUUAUCAUUUCUAUGUACUAAACAUAUCUGUCUACAUUUUCACAAAUUUACAUUGAAUCCAAUAUAUAUAUAUAUAUCGUUUAUAUUUAUUGAUAUUAAUGUCUCAUAUGUAUAUAUAUAAUGGCACGUAUUGACAAUAAAAGAGUAGACUUUGUUCAACGAGAAAAUGAAUCGGAUUGUCAAACAUUUAGAACUGGAUCUAUUGGAGAAAAAGAACAACAUAUAAGUCGAUUUCGACGUUUAACGUCUGGUAGUCUUCGUCAUAAAAGUAAUAGUAGUAGUCAAGUACCAUCAAUAAAAACUGAUUUUAUUGAACCUGUACAUAAUAUGGAUCCAUUACAUACGUAUUUCAAUUCUGAUACUGAAGUAAGUGAUUCAGGUGUACCUCGAAUAAAUGAUAAUUCUUAUAUAAAUAAUACACGCAGACCUAAAAGAUACAGACGUUCAUGUCGUUCUGCUUAUGAAACACCUAAUUAUUCUACUGCUUUAGGACCAUUAAGAGAAAAACAUAAACUUAGUCCAUUGGAACGUAUAUUUUUAGAAGCAGCAGAACGAGGUGAUAAAUCUACCCUGAUCAGAUGUUUAUCAUUUUCAAAUUGUGUAAAUGUUAAUUGUGUCAACAUGCUGGGUCGUACAGCAAUUCAAAUUGCAGUUGAUAAUGAAAACAUUGAAUUAGUUGAAUUACUUCUUGAACAACCUGGUAUAGAAAUUGGUGAUGCAAUAUUGUAUGCCAUUCAAGAAGGCGUUUAUCGAAUAGUUGAAAUGUUAAUUGAUCAUCCAUCAAUCACUAAAGAAAUGUUAGGUACAUCAUGGACAACACAGUGUAUUGGAAUCGGUAAGCGAGAAGAAGAGAGUCAUGACUUUUCUGCUGAUAUUUCUCCAGUUAUGUUAGCUGCAAUUUGUAAUCAAUUUGAAAUUUUACAAUUACUUAUAAAUCGUGGUGCCAGAAUAGAAGAACCACAUAAAUCCUCGUGUUCCUGUGAACAUUGUCAUCGACUACUUACAGAUGAUCCACUGAAGCAUACACUUCAAAGAAUAAAUACAUAUAGAGCACUUGCUAGUCCAGCAUGGAUAUCUUUGACAUCUCCUGACCCUAUACUAACUGCAUUCGAAUUAUCUUCAGAGCUUCUUCACUUAGCAUCACGUGAAAAUGAGUUUAAAGAAACAUUCUUAUCAUUAUGCGAACAGUGUAGGAAAUAUGCUUGUGAUUUAUUAGAUCUAUGCAGGGGAACGGGUGAAGUUGUUGCUGUACUCAGUAAAGGGACUGAUAGCGAUGAAAGUUUAAGUGACGUUAGCAGUGACGAGUCAGAUGAUCUGCAAGGAGUAUUAAAAACACACAAUCUGCUUCCACACACCAACCAUAUUUCCACAUCCUAUUACUCUCCAUAUCGCCAACUUCGUCCAACAAACCGUGGUCAUCUUGAUCUAAUGAAUAAUCAAUUUGAAAAUAACCAAAGUAAUGCAAAUGAUGGAAAUGAUUGGCGUGAGUUAUUAGAUAGAACGUAUAUUUCUAAAAGACGACACCAUAGACGUUAUACAGCAUGGAAUCAUCCUAGCUAUUCAUGUGCAAAGUUUAAUCAAACUUUAAGUAUAGAAAGUUCAAAUCAUGAUGAAGUAACCGGCACUGAAAAUUUACAUCCAUCUAGUAGUAAAAAUGAUGAGUUAUGUGAUUCAGAAAAUCAAUUUGCUUAUAAAGACCAUUUGAAAAUCACAAAUGAUCAAAGUAAUUUAUAUUCAUCUACCGGAUCACCUUUAAAUUUUAACGAUAAGAAUACUACUGAUUUAUAUUCAUGUAAUAUGAAAGAAAAUAAUAACAGCAUUAAGAAAACCACUUCUAAAGAAAUGAUUUCAAAUGAAAGUUUACCAACAAUGUUAAUUACACCAGAACCAUGUUCAUCUAUAUUUUUUAAACGUAAAAGAAAUAGUUUCGAUUGGGAAUCUUCAACAUAUAGUUUUAAUCAACGAAUUCAAUCGAAUACUAAUCUUAACACUAUACAUUCUAAACAAAAAAUAUAUAAGGAUAAUAAGUUAAAUAAAUCAACUCAUUUCAUAUGUUGUUGUUAUUCUUCUUCUUCUUCUUCAUAUAACUGCUGUAAAUGUUCAAAAUCAUCUAUUCAUGAUAAUAAUGUCAAUCGUUUAAGUAUUAAUAAUAAUAAACCGAAUUCACACUUGGAAACUAUUGAUACAUCUGAUGUCAUUGGUGUUAGACAACAGAGGAAAUUUUAUUCAUUUAAAUUAGAUCGUUUAAAAUUAGCCAUUAAACAUGAACAGAAAAAAUUCGUUGCUCAUCCACAUUGUCAACAUCUUUUAACCACCUUAUGGUAUGAUCAAUUACCUGGUUGGCGUAAACGUCAUCCAUUUACAAAAUUAUUUCUUUGCUUUUGUUUCAUAAUUGCAUUGCCGGUAUUAGCGCCGACAUAUUUAAUUCAUCCACAUGGAUGUGUUGGCCAGUUGAUGCGAAGUCCAUUAAUAAAAUUCAUUAAUCAUAGCGCAUCAUUUGCAAUUUUUAUAUUCUUACUUUUGAUUGCAUCAACUGAUACAUUAACGAAAACAGAUUUACAAAGACGUAGUGAAAUUCGGGGACCAGAUCCAAAUGUUAUUGAAAUGUUAAUAUUAUGGUGGGUUAUUGGAUUUGUAUGGAGUGAAAUGAAACAAAUAUGGGAAGAAGGUCUUAAAGCUUAUGUUCGUCAAUGGUGGAAUUGGUUAGAUUUCUUGAUGCUUGGACUUUAUUUGACUACUGUUGCACUUCGUGUUGUUGCAGUCAUAUUACGCAAAACUAAUCAAUAUGGAACAGAACCAUUACCACGUAAUCAGUGGCCUGAAACAGAUCCAACAUUACUUAGUGAAGCACUAUUUUCUAUUGCACAUAUAUUCAGUUUUGCAAGAAUUAUAUUUCUAUUUCAAAUUAAUGAACACCUUGGACCAUUACAAAUUUCACUUGGAAAUAUGUUAAUUGAUAUUACAAAAUUCAUUUUCAUAUUUCUGCUGGUAAUUUCUUCCUUCGCCUGUGGUCUUCAUCAAUUGUAUUAUUAUUAUCUUUCAAACGAAGAAGACAAUAGACCACGUGCAUUUAGCUCACUUGUCAGUUCAUAUCGUACAUUAUUUUGGCACUUAUUUGGAAGCAGUCAAUCGGGUAAUUUUGAAGUGACAUUUGUAAAUAAAACCAGUGGUGAACGUGAACGUAUGGAAUCAGCUAGAAAUACAAUGGUUGUCGGUGAAAUCCUACUAUUAAUUUAUCAUGCAAUGGCAAUUAUAGUUUUAGUAAAUAUGUUAAUUGCUAUGAUGUCCAAUUCAUUUCAAACUAUACAGAAUCAUGCAGAUACAGAAUGGAAAUUUGCUCGAAGUAAACUAUGGGUCGGUUAUUUCGAUGAAGGAUCAACGCUUCCACCACCGCUAAAUACAAUUAUAAGCCCUAAAUCUGUAAUUAGAUUCUUAUGUGGAAUAUUUCAUUUUAUAAUCUUAUUGAUAAAAAAAUGUCGAAAUUGUAAAUUGUCAGGAAAUGGCAGUAGUAAUAAUAAUAGUCACAAGCAAACAAAGUUAAACACAUUGAAUCUCCAUUCAAAUCAACAAAAAAGUCAAACACAAUGGGAUAUUGAAAUUCAAGAAAUGAACAGAAGUGGAAUUUUUUCCAAUCCUGAUGUAACGAAUAAACAAAAACAACAGUCUAUAAAAGAAACGAAACAAAGUAAACGAAAAACAUUUUAUCAGACAGUUAUGCGUCGACUUGUAAGAAGAUAUAUACAUCAAUCGAAGAAAACAAUGAGACAAGAUGGAGUGAAUGAAGAUGAUCUAUUGGAAAUCAAACAGGAUAUAUCAAGUUUGAGGUAAGAAAAAAAUUGGCAAAUUACUAUAACGGUAAUAAUAAUUUAUUUGUGAGCAAUAUACACUAUUCUAUAUGAAAUAACAAAGUACAAUAAAUGGAUGACGGAAUGAAUCUAUAACCUCCCAUGUACACCAAAAUACAAUUUGUAAGAAUUGAAGUCAAAAAUAAUACAAUGGUCAAUUAUACCGCCGAAGUUUUAGACGAUCUGAUAGCAUCGAUACUUUAUGAACUAAGUUUUCUUCUAGAAGAAAGGAACUUUGGUUCAGUGUACAACAUAUAUACCGACUAGUUCAUUCACGUAGAACACAACAUCGUAAUUUGAAAUACGUGAAGAUAGAAAACGGGAAGUUGUACGGGCUGUUUGUCAAUUAGAAAGUUUAAAACAAGAACUUGUUGAUGAAUUAAGUAAACAAAAUUCAAUAUUACAAAAUUUUGUCUUACCUUAUACUGUUACUACGACUACUAGUACUACUAUCACUACCACUACUUCUCCUACUCCUAAUACAAAUUGUACAAUAUCAUCUUAUCAAAAAGAAAUUACUUCUAUUCAACAAACACUACCGCAAUCUGAGACUGAAUUACCAUUAUCAGUUAAUAUUCCAAAAACGUAUUCAUUACAACAUUAUAAUUCAAUGAAUAAUAAUAAUUCUGAUCAAAUAUUAUAUUCAAUGGAUACUAAAAUAAAAGAUUAUAAAAACAAAUAUUCAUUAAAUUAUGAUAAAAAUGUGAAUCAUUUAACAAAAAUGAAUGAAGUACUAAUUGAUUUUUCAUGGUUACCUGAUCAAUACAAUAAACCUAAUAUAGUUAAAGGAUUAUAUAUAGAUGAUUGGUAUCGAUUUAAGAAUGAAAUAAAAAUGGGAUUAAAGGAAGAACUCUUUUCAUUAAUUAGAAACAAUUACUUGUUAGUGAAUAAUGAAAAAUUAUUAAAUGAAUUAAAACAUACUACUAAUAAUGAUAUUAGUAGUCAGAUUGUACAAACACCAAGUAAUUCAUUAACAAAUGAAAAUAAAUUAGAUAGUUUUCAGACUAAAUGUUGCAAUAAACAUUCUGAAAAAAUAUUCCCAAGAUUUACACAAAGUAUACAAUCAAAUUAUAACUUUAAAAGAAAUUCUAGACAGAAUGAUAAUAGUAAUAAUACUGAGAAAAUAAAACCGUCACAUUCAAAAUAUCCAGAAAAUAUCGAAGAGAAAUCAUCUUGUUCAACAUUCAAACCAUUAUCGUCAGCAUCAUCACCCUUGCGAUCAGCCAUUCCAAACGAGACUCUAUCUUCAGGAUUAUUACCAUCGUCAUCAUCAUCAUCAUCAUCACGAUCCCAUGAUCAAUACCUUAAAACUAAUACAAAUAUAGCCAUGAAAAAUAUAAACAUAUCAAUUUCCUCACAUAUUUCACCUACUCUAUCCCCAACCCCUUCAACUGAUAUCGCUACUAUUUCUACUGCUACUACUUAUAGUAGUAGUAGCGGACAUGGUAAUAACAACCUACUUAGAGAGAAACAAAAUAUUGAUAAAAAUGAAGGAAUAAACCAAAUCUAUGAAACUUCUAACGUACAUUAUGAAGAUGAUAGUAGUAGUUCAACUAUUAGGAAGUAAUCAUAUGUUUUCUGUAGUAAAUCAAUAAGUGAUUUAUAUCAUCCUCCUUCAUAUGCAUAUAUAUAAAAAUUUUAAAAGGUUAUUAUCAUUAUUACUACUACUAAUAUUAUUAUUAUUUCAAUAACGACCAUGUUCAUCUGUAAACAAUAAAUAUAUUUUACUUUCAAUUUUUCAAAGACAAAUUUUUCUGAAAAAAAAAGGAAACAAAAUAGAAUAUUUAUUCAUUAGAACAAAAUACUUUAAUGAUAAAAUUCUAUUCAAUCUUUUCUGUAAAAUAUUUAAUAUAAAAAACCUUACAAAUUCUUUUCUUUUUCUCUAAUGGGAACAUUAAAAGAAUCUACCUUAACAGUAUCAAAAAAAAUGAAUAUGAGAAUAAAAUGACCAAAUAUAAUAAUAAUAAUUUAUAUACAUAACUUAUGUAAUAAAUAUGACAUUACAGUCAUUCAUUUUAUAAGUAUGAUUAUUUUCUUUUGUAAAAUAAUAUAAUAAAAACAAGUGCUCUGGCGCGAGCUGGUAGGUCCUGGGUUCGAAUCU